UCGUCGCUGCCUACGAUUAUUUGCUCUUCCAAGGUUCUUAAAUUUCUCACCCCCCCCCCACCACUUUGCGUCUGUCUUUCACCUUUCAGCUUUCUUCUUCUUCUUUGAUCUUAUCCUUUUAGUUUGCUUGUGAAUUGAGAUCUAUGUCGGUUUAUACGUUUUCAAUUUUAGGAAUGUCAAUAGAUCAGAUCGGUUCAUGGCUAGAGAGAGGGUACUAGAGCAAUAGAGAAAUGGAAGAAGGGUAUGAGAGUCGUCGAGGGAGUAGAUGGGAAGAGCUGGACACUGACAUCUUAGUCCGCAUCUUCCAGAAGUUUAGCAUCUUUGAGUUGACUUCGGGUUUAGCUCAUGUCUGUAGUGGUUGGAGAGCUGCUUGUUGCGAUCCCAUCCUCUGGAAGACUCUUGAUCUCUCCCACAUGAGAUCUAGCUUCAUCAAGAUCCCUUUAGAGCCUUACGUCUACGUGGAGCGUCGCUCCGAUGAGGCCCUCACCCGCAUCCUGAAACUCUCCAUGAAUCUCAGUGGAGGCAACACCAGGGCCUUGGUUUUCCAUUUCAACUUGUUCUUGAGUGAUGAUCAGCUUACUUACACUGCAGAGAGGUGUCCAGGGUUGAGACGGAUCGUCCUUCCGGCUUGGAACAGGAUAAAGAAGACUGGGAUAUGCAAAGCCAUAAGGAUCUGGAAAGAUCUCGAGUCACUAACUAUGCCUAGCAUCGCAAACCCGCCUUACCUCUUAACAGAGAUCGCCAAGAACUGCAAGAACUUCAAGGAGCUCAAGAUCAUGGGACCCUUCGAGAUCUUCUUUGCCAACACGCUCAUCACUUACCUCCCUAACCUCAAAACACUCAGCCUUAGAUGCUCUGCCAUCAAGCGAGAAGCGCUCAUAAAGAUCCUCGACGGGUUACCUCAUCUUGAAGUGCUCAACAUAUCGCACUCUUACCUGGUGGAGUACAGCGUGUGGCAACCGCAGCAGAAAGUGAUUGUUAGAGAGCUGGAUAAGACGAUACUUGAGAAAGCUUCGAGGCUGAAGAGGUUCUUGACUUGUAUGGAGCAUGAGACUUGUGUCAUGUGUCAGAGGACUGAGAAUGAUGAAGGGAUUGUGAGAUGGUACAAGUAUGAAGAAGGAGAGUGGAAAGUUGAUGAAGUGAGCUCUCUUCAUCUUUGAUUGGUGUAUCUGACUUACUUCCCCAUCUUUCAUUGUUUGUGUGUUUCUCUCUUUUUUUGUUGGUUUGUUUUUGGUUUUGAACGUUUAUUGUGUGUAUAUAAAUGUAGGCCAUGCCAAAAAGUUUGUAUUUAGUGAUCAAUUCUAGAUCACCAACCUUGACUCAUGAGUAGGAAAAUAAAUAAAAACAAACAAUUUCUAAUA